GAGGUGGGAAACCAAGACAAAGACGUUUUUAUUUUCAUUUUACAAAAGUCAGCUAUGGGACCGUUGGAUGUGACUGGGUCUGGGAGCAAAGUGUCUGCGAUAACUAAAACUGUGGAAAGUUCUUUAACGGAAACAGAACCGAUUUGACAUUGGUAUUUUGCUAACAACCUUUCUGAACUGGACAAGGAUGAACCGCAGAGAGGCCAGCUGGAGCCAGAAACAGGCCAACCUUGCACCAAGCAAGAGCUAAACAUGAUGUGAAUGGAAACAGGACAAUUCCUCCCUUUCCAGAGGGAACACAGAUGGUAAUGUUUGGCAUGGGCUGUUUCUGGGGAGCAGAGAGGAAGUUUUGGAAGCAUAAGGGAGUUUACUCUACGCAAGUGGGCUAUUCUGGGGGGUACACACCUAAUGCCACGUAUGAGGAAGUGUGCACAGGCAGAACGGGACACACGGAGGUGGUGCGUGUUGUUUACCAUCCAGAGAAGAUCAGCUUCAACAAUCUAUUGAAGGUCUUCUGGGAAAGCCAUAAUCCAACUCAAGGGAUGCGUCAGGGGAACGAUGUCGGCACAACGUACCGCUCUGCCAUCUACGCCUACACCCAGCAGCAGCUAGAGGAAGCGCUGGCCUCCAAAGAUCAGUACCAGAAGGCUCUUACAGAGGAAGGUUUUGGUCCAAUUACCACGGAAAUCACUGAAGCCAAGCCAUUCUAUUACGCUGAAGACUACCAUCAACAGUACCUGUGUAAAAACCCGCAUGGAUACUGUGGCCUGGGAGGGACAGGAGUCAGCUGUCCAGUAGGACUCAACAAGAAGGCCUGAGGAAUCCUUACAAGUCCAACAAGUUGAAAUCACUGAACUCUUCCUGAUGAUGGAGUUUCCUGACAUGCAUACCGUUGUAAUUUCCUGCUCUGCAUAACCAUAAGUUUUUAGAAGCCUUCAAGUUUCUAUUUUUAUUGACCGUUUCAUGAAUAUUUCAGUUACAGCUGCCAAUGAAAUGAUUUUCUUUGCUGUUUGUUUUUGAAUAAAGCAGCCUCUAAAAUCAGAAACGUU